AUGGCAGGUGGAAAGAGAGGUGGUAAAGUAGCACCAACCAAAACAUUUGGUCGUGAUUAUGAAAGAAGUAAAGGAAAAAUUAGUCGUGAUCGUGUUUAUGAUGAAGAGGAUAUUAUAAAGAGAAAUCAAGAAAGCGAUAGUGAUGAUAAUUCUGGUUCUGAAUCAGGUUCAGAAAAUGAAACAAAAAAUAAUAAUAAUAAAAGUAAAUUAGGUAGUGAUUCAAGUGAUGAUGAACCAGUCAUUGUCUCUAGAAAUCCAAAUGCCAAAAAACCAGCAGCUAAAAGACCACCAACCACUAAAAAACAACAAGAGAGCGAUAGUGAAGACGAUUCAGAUAAAGAAAGUGAUAGUGAAGACGAAAUCGCUAAUCCAAAUAGAAUGAAACAAGUUACUAAAAAACUAAGUGAAAUCAAUGUAAACGCUAAAGUUGAACUUUCACGUAGAGAAAAAGAAGAACUCGCAAGACAAGCCGCAACUCAAAGACAAAACGAAAAACAACAAAAAAGUGAUCUCGAAAGAUUACAAGUCAUAAGAAAACAAAGAGAAGAAGCAGCAAAACGUAAAGAAGAAGAGAAAAAAGCAAAUGAAGAAAAAAUGGCCGAACGUAGAAGAUUAGGUUUAGCUUAA